GGCGACGCGAGGCGACGACAAAGGCUCGAGAUAAGCUGUACGUGCGCCCGCGCAGCCGCCGCGGGACCUUGAGCGCCGGCCGCGCUCCUUCCCGCGAUAAAACUAUACCGCUCAGUCCGGCGCAAGCCUCUACCGAUAUAGCACGACAUACUUAUGUCGGACCGUGAAAACACUCGAAUUACGAAUAGCCGACAAUGGCCACCCCUAGUGCAACCCCAGUGAUAAUCUAACGAUGCAGUGAACUCAGCGACAUUGUAUACGUGUAGUGAGUGUGAUGUGUUGUGCCAAGUCUCCCUGUGCCAUAAUAGGAGAUCGUUUAUUUCACUUUGGAAUCACAAAAGGCUGGGUGAGAGAUGAAGGGGUGGUUCGACGCGUUCCGCGAGGAAGGCGGGCCGACGCUGUACGCGUACCACAACCGCACGGCGGUGGCGGCGGACGUGCCCGCGCUCGCGCUCGUGCUCGCCGCGCUCACCAUCUACCUCGCCUUCCUCGCCAUCUUCCCGGGGAUCAGGAAGGAGAGGUUCUCAACGUUCACCAUAGUCACGCUCAGCCUGUUCGUCGGCACCGUUAUACUCGUGUGUAAGCACGGGUCGUCGUGGCACGUGGCGGGCGCGCGCGUGUCCCGCGCCGCCUACCGCGCCUACUCCGCCGAGCGGCUCGACUGCUGGCUCGCCGUGCACGUCGGCCUCGGGCAUGUCAACGUCACGCUUACUGCGCUGUCGUGGGGCAACAGCUCGACGGCGGACCCCGGGGUGGACUACAACGAGCAGUUCCGGUGGGAGGAGGCGGGGGGGAUCCAGGAGUGGUACCGCGCGGGGCUGGGCCGCGGCCUGCCCUACCCCGUGCUGUCUGUGGCUGAGCACUUUGCCGUCCAGCACGAGGGCUUCGAGUGGGGUGCCAAGUACCGCGCCGCCGGAUAUGCCACCUCCACGCUGCUGUGGGCUGCGCUGGCUCUCUGGCUGCUGAUGAACUUGCUUCUAGUGGUGGUUCCCCGCUACGGCGCAUACUCCAUGGCGUUCCUCGGGGUGACCCUGUGCGCGGCGGCUGGCGGGUACUGGGCGUCGCUGCCUCACGUGCCGCUGGUCGUAAGACUUGACGGGUCGAUGCUGUUCUUCUCAUUAGGGUGGUGCUUUUGGCUUGUACUCAUUUCAGGUUGCACAUGCGUGUUCGUGGGGCUAGUGAUCGCGGCGCUGGACCUCACAUGGCCGCACCGGUUCUCGACCGUUCUGGAGGUGGACUACGACACUCCGUACGACCGACACGUGCUCAUCGUGGACAGCCGGCAGCGCGCGCGCCCGCAGACGCAGCCCUCGCUGCCGUCCCGGAUACUGAGGAGACUGUCAUCUAAAACAAAGGACGACGGUCACGUGUCCAUGUCGGUGGUGAACGAGCGCGAGCGCGGUCGCGAUAACCCCGCCUUCCAGCCCGAGAGGAAGCCCAACUCGCCCUGGCGGUACCCGCUGUUCCGGAGGCAGAUCGACAGAGUGGACUCAGCGUCUAGUUUCGGUUCGAGUCUAAACGGCACCGGGUCGGGCAUCAAGAUGUCUCCGCUAGCGGGCAGCAUGUCGCACUCCUCGCCCACCGCCAUCCCUCCUUACCGGUAUCGUCCACAAAUACCAGCAGCGGAAAGAGUCAAAGAUAUGUGGUGAACUGGGGAUUCAUUAAAAACUGUAUUGAAAAACAUGCUCAAGUGACAUAUCCAGCCUUACAAGUGUUGAGUGUUUUUUUGAGUAAUCGAUCUCCGCCAAGGACAAUAUAUUUGUGUAAAUAUGUAAAUUUGACUUAGGUAGGUAGUCAACUAAUCUGUCCAGUGUCAUAAAAUGUGUAAUAUAGAAAAUUAUUGAUGUUUACUUAACGAUACGUAUGUGUACCUCGUUUUAGAUUCCUCUUAUAAAUGUACCGUUUGUGAAAUACCUACGACACACAAGUGAAUACUUUGUGCCAUCAUCUACUUUAUGAUAACAAUCACGUGACCCAAAAUAUAGAUUAUCUUAGUCACAAAUAGGGAAUCAGUGGCACUGACUAAUAGUUCCUAUUAUUUCCCUCUUUACAUACGGCUUGAGCGAUAAUUCUUAGUUUCAGGGUCACAAAAGCUAUAAUUAUUUCCAACUGUACUUUACGUUAACAUAAAGAAGUCAUUUAGUCUAAUUUUAAUUUAUUUAUUGUGUAUCUUGUAGGUCUUAUAAUUGUAUUAUUUCGAGAUAGAUGUUUGUGUACGUAAAUAAUAUGAAAUGUGAUAGAAAGGCUCAUCUGAUGCCAAAUUAGUGUAAGAGAGUUCUAUGAAUGUAUUGCAAAGCCGAAGCACAUUGACAUAACUAAACUGUUUCUAUUUCUUAAGUUAACUUGAUAAUAGCGUGAACUGGCUUUGAAAAUGACAUGUAUUAGUGUGACUCGUAAGCUUGAAACAUCACAAACCACCCACGUUGCUAUAUUCAAUGUUGUAAAGAUGUGUUUCAACAGGGAAUAGGCGUAUUUAACUUUCAAUAAAAUUAUAAAAUGUAUUUAACUUUAAGAUGACAGUGAGAUCGAACGAGUGGGUGUUUAUCUGACAGUAUUUAUUGUGAUCUAAGAAAAUAAACAAAUUCUAAUCAUA